AUGGAACCAGGAGAAUUGAUGGAAGUGGAUACGAGCCAGGAGCUGGAUGAAAACACUUCGGCGAAGGAAACGGACCAGCCGAUUUUCAGAAGAUGCUCAAAAUGAUCCAGAAAUUGUAUGCGGCGAUAGUAAUGAGGUCAAGAAGGAGUCUCCGAGUGUAGAAGAGGAUCAGUCAAGUACUGAAACUAUGUCUAAUGAAUUUGAAGUGGCCGCUGCAAUUCUCGAACAAGAAAACGAAGAUUCCGGUCAGAACGCCCCCAGUUUGGGAGAAUUGCUGUCUCGGAGUGUGAAUAAUUACCACCCUGAACAUUACUCUUCACCACCUCUCAUGCGUAAACCCGAUUUCCGUUUUCCAAUCAUUAAUCCUGAGAAAGCUCAAGGAAAACUAUUCGUUCUCUAUCAGCUGAUUAUUACCGUUCCGGACUCGUUGAAGAAAUUUCCUCCGUACACAUCAGAAACAGUUUGCUGCCAACUGUGCGGAAUCGAUUUGAUGGGAUCAGCUAUGUUUGCUCAUCUGAUCACUAUCCAACAUCUUAAGUUAUAGAACUGCUUGUUCUCAGAGAAUGACGUCGAUUUCUGGAUUUAUAAAGUGAACAGUGUAAUCGAGCAGGCGCCUUCAAAUGCUCUGAUCCUACCAGGUUUCAACCCUGAUACAAAUGUGAACUUCUCGGAAACGGUCGGCGAAUUCAUCAAUCGAUCGAAGGGAUUCGUUAAGAAACCGAACCUCGAGCAGAUCAAAGCCGUCAUUGGUGCAGUGAUCGAUAUUAAGGCAGCUGUUGAAUAUUCGUCAAUGAAAGCGAAUAGGCCAAGUAAAAACAAAGUUAGGAGCAAGAAUUCUAAUUCAGAGCAAAAGCGAACCGGAAACUUCCUCUCUCAAGUCGUCGAAAAUCUCAUGACCAAGGUUGACGCGAAUAUCUUAUCGAGGAGGGUUGGAAAACUAUUCAAGAAUCACAAUGAGUGCACUUUCUGCAACAUAAAAUUUAUUUCAUUUUUUGAAAUGUGCCGUCACGUGGGAAGCAUUCAACUCAGAAUGAAGAUUAACCACUUGCGUUAUCAAGAUGUCCAUGUUGGAACUUGGGUGCGUUUUCUGGCUUCGGCAACUCCACAGAAACAAACAAUUGAAGAUGUAAUUGACGGAGGCUCUUCGAAAAAGGUGCAUUCACCUGAAAUAAUCUAUAUUGACUAAUA